GCUUACAUUCUUGACAUACAGGUUCUGUUUCCAAUUAUUUGUAGCCUUUUUUAAAAAAGAAUUGGUGCUCAGGGAACCACGCAAAUAUAACAGCAAAUAUGAGUGCCAGCGGCGGAUCAGUCAACCCAGCAGUCCAAGCGCUUCUGGCCGAGAUCGCAGUAGCCAAGCUGCGAGCUGAGCAGCGGCGACAAGCCAAAGCCAAAGCCGACCAGCAGCCAUACGGCGUCAUCAAAGAGACCAACGGCGCCUUGGUCCUUCGGCUGCCGCCACCACCGCCAGCGCCGGCGCCCUCAGACUGCUGCCACUCCGGCUGCACGCCCUGCAUUCUCGACACAUACCGCGACCAUCUGCACGCACACAACGCCGAAGUCGCCGCGCUCCAAGCGCAAUACCAGUGCGCGCUGCUCGACGACACCGGGCCGCUGCCAGAGCCAAGACACCAUGUGCUGUCGCACUCGCUGCUCAACCCAUUGAGGUUUGCAGCCGUGCGCAUCAUCCAUGCGCACAGUAUUGGCGCCCGUGGCCGCCUGCUGGUGCUGGAGGCCACGGCUGCCGACUUUGCGCUGGCGCCAGGUGAGCACAUCCACGUGCGCGCACAGCCAGGUGCAGUCGCCAAACCCAUAACCAAGCCAUUCACGCCUGUGAUGAUUGUGGCCGCCGACGGCAUCGUGCGCCCCCACCUGUUCGUGCGGCUCUACGCCGACCAUGCAAUGUCCGCGUACCUCGCUAACCUGUCCUCUGGCGACCAGCUUGCGGUGCGAGGGCCUGUGUCGACGCCCGAAAACAUGACACGCGCACUCUCCGCGCCGCUCUGUCUCCUGGCUGCCGGCGGCUCUGGCAUUGCGCCGAUCUUCCAGCUGCUGCAAUUCGCCCACGCCAACUGCGCCUACCGACAGACCCGUAUUGUUUUGGUGCAUUGUGCCCAGGACAGCGAGUCUCUGUGGCUGCGCGCACAGGUCGCCGAGAUGAUGGUGGAUAUGCCGGCGCUCGAGUACGUGGCAUUUCUGUCAGAACAGCCGGAACAGCCGGAACAGCCGGAACAGCCAGAAGCCUUGGAGCUGCGGAUGGUUGGCGCAAGGAUGUCGCUGGACGGCAUCCGAUGGGCGGUUGGAGGUAAUGUCGGAGCCGAGGCGCAGGCCGUGGUAUGUGGGCCUGGCGUGUUCAACCAAGACGUUGCCCGGUGGCUGACUGAGUUGGGAUUUGCUGGAAUCCAGACACUGUAAAUGUAAUUUUUCCAAGGGAAAAAUUCAGAUCAAAGAGAUAGUGUUGGUUGUGUGAAACAGAACAUGUUUUCUUUUUUGGAGUGGACAUGCAUGUAGCGCUGGAUGCAAUGCGGGUAACAUGCAAGCUGCAUCUUUACAUGUAUUUAUAUGCAUUUAUUGCGUAUAUGUUUGUUGAGUAAUGUUAUCCAUAAAAACAAUAGGGAUGGUUGGCCCUCUUGAUAACAAAAAAAUCAAACUGUUUAAAUUCAACUUUACUCCCUCUUUUCCCUCUUUUUUUGUUAUUAUUAUUUUUCCAAAUGCGAUAAAAGGAAAUAUUUGUAUCC